UUAAGGAAGUGAAUGCACUGAAUUGCCCAGAUGUAAAUGUUCAUGUGUCUCAAAACCGUUGUUAGGGCACUUUAAAAGUGAAAGUUCAAUACAACAUAACCUAAACUAUUUUUAUAUACUCGACGAUUUGAUUACGGCGGGACUAAUAAAAACGUAUAGGAGAAGAACGGUUGAGCAGCGCGUGACGUGUCGUCGAGUGUCGUUUAAAUGUCGGCCAAGCAACAUGAGAGGAGGCAUGUCGCCUGAGCAUUGUUCAUUUGACUGUGAUGAUGGUUAAACACGAGAUGAAGAAUGUCGUAUACAUAACGUAUGGACAGCGCGAGGACCUAAAUGUCGUCUAAGUGACAUUGAAAUGCCGUACGCUUAGAGAUAGCUGACUAUAUAGUCAACAAGCUAACGUUAGUAGCUUAGCCUUCAGAGUCGACGGUUUUAUUGUUGACGACACUUGUUGAAAAUGCUCCGAAAAAACAACAUGUCGUGAUAAUAUAACGAAUUCGUUAGUGUAUUCCUUUAUUGGAGCUAUAUUUUUGGGGCAAAUUGGUCUUUUGAGCUACGUAUUAAUCGAUGUGUUGUCGCAUUUAGUGUUGACAUUUUGCCUUCCCUAGUAUAACACGUGAUUUGGGGACAUUAUAUGUGUGAUUUAUAUCUUGUAGGAAUGUUGGAACACUUUGUUUAUGAAAAAUAUCGACCAGACUAUUCUGGGAUUAGGAUUUUGCCUCAUCGAUGGUAAAACUGGGUUAUUAGUUAACAAGGUAACUAAAUCUGUUUGUGAGGUUACAUUUCUGCUCCAGUCAGGAGCUACAGUCUGUGGAUACAUAGGCUACUUUACUGCCUCUUAUCUUUACUUUUUAUUAAAAUGAAAAACUGUGAGUAUCAACAAAUAGACCCCCGAGCACUGAGAGCAUCCUCCACCCCGACCUCCACCUUGCCAUGUGGGAGGAAAAACGUCCAACGCCUCAGGAGGAAAUGGGAGGUUUUCCCUGGCAAAAAUCGCUUCUACUGUGAUGGACGUAUUAUGUUGGCCAGCCAAUGUGGUGUGCUCCCACUGACCAUCAGCCUUAUUUUCAUCACCAGCGGCUUAUUUUUGACAUUUGAUUGCCACUUUCUGGUGGAGCAGCUCACCGCCUUCAUUCCAGCGAUUGCUGGGGUGUUAUUUUUAUUUGUGGUCAUCAGUCUCCUCCAGACCAGUUUUACAGACCCAGGGAUUUUACCAAGGGCUUUGCCAGAUGAGGCUGCAGACAUUGAGAGGCAAAUUGAUAAUUCUGGAUCCUCAACAUACCGUCCACCUCCUCGCACGAAAGAGAUCCUUAUAAAUGACCAGGUGGUCAAACUCAAGUACUGUCUCACCUGCAAGAUGUUCCGUCCACCCCGGACAUCCCACUGCAGCCUGUGUGACAAUUGUGUGGAGCGGUUUGACCACCACUGUCCUUGGGUGGGGAACUGUGUUGGGAAACGCAACUAUCGUUUUUUUUACACCUUCAUAGUGUCACUGUCCUUUCUGACCUCCUUCAUCUUUGGCUGUGUGAUCACUCACCUCACGUUACGAUCGCAAGGUGGGAAGGGGAUCAUCCAGGCAAUACAAGAGAGCCCAGCCAGUGUUGUUGAGCUGGUCAUUUGCUUCUUCUCCAUUUGGUCCAUUCUGGGUCUGUCAGGUUUCCAUACUUACCUGGUGGCCUCCAACCUCACAACCAGUGAAGAUAUCAAAGGUUCUUGGUCCAGUAAGAGAGGGGAAGAUUCAGGAAAUCCUUACAGCUAUAACAACAUUUUUACAAACUGCUGUGUAGUGCUUUGUGGGCCAAUGCCACCCAGCUUGAUUGAUAGAAGAGGUUUUUUGCCUCCUGAUGACACACCUCAAGCAAUCACCUCUGAAACUGAACGCCCUCCUUUCAUAGCCAAGAAUGACACAAACAUGUGCACACAGGGCACUAAGGAGUUUUUAGAAUCAGUGGCACACUCUUCUGUGAUCCAGAGCACCUGUGCUCCAGGCACACCCAAAACCACCCCACUGACCCAAGAGAACCUACUCUGCACCAUUUCCAUCAAUGUCUCUCCCCCAGCAGACCGCCAGGCCCGACGCCCCAUGGAUAUGCCCUGUCCCCAGAGAGGGAGCAAACGGGCUGCUCUCCACACCCAUAAACCCAUGUUGCCUCUACACAGCCCCCCAUACUCCCUAAUUCACGGUCCGCUCAUUUUUAAUGACGCUUCUGACACAGGCUUCAUCACACUGCACUGAGCACACUGUUACUGCCACCAGCAGCCUUGCUCAAAAUUCUCUUCUCUGUCUCUCACCACUCUGAAAACAGCAUUAUUUUGUUUUAAGGAACUGUGAUAAAUUAAACUCAGGAUCCUCUCAGGAAGUAGGCAUUUUUCAACAGAUGAGAAUACACCUGCUUUGAACAUAAGACUGUGCAACAGUUUAUUUUAACAGGUAUUUUUUUUGCAUAGCAGUUGGGUUUCAAGAUGUCUUUCUGUAUGCAUCAGCCUAUAGAAUCUUUCCAGAAGAUGGCUUUGUUUUCAGUCCUUUUGCACAAUAAUUAAGCUUGAGUCUUUUUCAGCCUUUUUGCAUCUGCUUAGACCUAAUGCAAUAAUUAUAUGAUUUAAAAGGUCACUUUGGUCUAAGAAAGCCUUACUUCAGAGUCACAAGGCAUGGUGUACUUUUGUUCAUUUUUGUGGUGUUAAAGACCUGUUGUAAUUAAACAAUUUGUCAAAAUUGUUUGCACCAACAGGCAAGUAACUAGAAUGGCAAUUUACAAAGGAGUUGUGGAAUGCUCCGGAUCACAGUGCUAAAGGGAUAGUUCACCUAAAAAGUUUCUAAUUUACUCACCCUUAUGCCAUUUCAAACUCGUAUGACUUUUUCUUCUGUGGAGAAAAGCAAAGAUAUGUUGACGGAUAUAUGAUGUCUGUUUGUUCAUACAAUGCAAGUCAAUGGGAUCCAAAACUUUCAAGUUAGAAAAAUUAAUAUAAUGGCAGCAUAAAAGUUAUCCAUACAAAUAGAGUUGUUUAAUUCAUGUCGUCUUGAAGCAUUACGAUCAGUUUAGGGUGAGAAACAGGCCAAAAUGCAACUCCCUUUUCACUAUAAAUUUUGACAACCGCAGUCUCCUAGGCAUGAUCAUGUUUUGAAGCUCAAUUACUCUCAUGCUUCAAAUAUUUGAAAUGUUAAGCCUUUUGGACCUCAUUGACUUGCAUCAUAUGGACAAACAGACAUCUCUAAAAGAAAGAAGAGUUUGAGGGAUGAGUACGGUAAAAUAUGAGAUCAUUUUCUUUGCUGGUUGAACUAAUCCUUUAAUUAGUAAUGUAUAUUAUACUGUUGGUCAGGAGUUAUUACCUGCACUCACUAAGGCUUUCAGUGAAUUAACAUAUUUCUGUUUGUUGUGUGUCCUUUUAGUAUUUCUUACUUUUUAUUUGUGGAUCAAAAUAUGUUAGGAUUCACAAUUGUUAUUAAAGUGUUUUUUCUAAGCUUGAGAGAAGAGCUAUUGUAACAAACCUUUUUGCCUUGAGAUUGAUGGUGAAUCAGUUACACACAAAUUAUUUAAUUGUCAUUAAAUGAAGGCCUGGCUGUAAUGAUGUUGACAUUAGAAGUUUCAGAGAGGUCAUGCACAUUUAUCUGAGAACUAGACCUUAUUAAAGUGUAUCACUGCCAGUGUUGGAACUAAAAUAAUGCUUAACUUUUUUUUUGUUGUCAUUUUUGCGCCAUAAGACUGUUUAAAUUGGAGCAAGUGAAAGUCCAUGAAGUAAUAAACAAAUGGGCUUUUCUACUUAUGGCCAUGUGAUUUUAAUGUGUAGUUUUGUGUUGAAUUAUGUAUAUGUGUUGCAUGAGUUUAGAUUCCUCAUGUGCACGAAUGUGUUGAGCUGCUACAUCCCAGACAAGUAUUCAUUUAAACAGUAGAUGGCACAAUUUUCCACUUUUUUAAAAUUGUUUUAUUCAUUAGAUUAGGAUGUUGUUUUUCCUGGAGCCAUCACUGACUGCUUGAUUUAUUCAAGCAUUUCACAUUUUGUACAUGUCAGAACUGGUUUCCUUUUGUGCACGUUGCAAAGAUCUGAUGCAGAGUUAUUACAAAUUCCAUAUUAUUGUUUUUUUUUUUUUUUUUUUGCCACAGUGCCCUCAAGCGAACACUUAUUCCGUUUGAUGUAAUGGAAUUGAAAUUCAUAAUAUCUGAGUUUCUGUGUUUCUCUCUCUCUCUCUCUCUCUCUCGCUCUCAACUCUUCUACCCAGACUUAAUGAUGGAAAACAUGACCAUGAAAAAUAUGUGGGAGCUGUAGAAAAGGAAAACAAUAUCAUUAGCCGAGUUUGAAACAGCAUUCCAUUGUUGUGUAAGGACCCUAACAUACAUGUAUAAGGAGUCACGCUGUUGGUCCCCUAUAGAAAGAUAAGACAUAGUAUUACAUUUAAAGGUAGUUUUCAUGUAUACCAGAACUACCUCAAUCCAUGUGGGUGUUUGAUUCAGUCAUAAAAAUAGGACCACCCAUUGUUUAACUAAACUCCUGGGCCACUGGAUAAAAAUGCACCUGUGCCUGGAUAAAUAGGAAUUCAUUGAUAUUCACUAACCCAACCGUAAAGGUACACUUCACUGUUUUUAGGACUGGAGCUCAAUCGAGAGCACGUGGAGUCUAGUGUUUUUUGGUACAUUUAUCACGGAAGUUUUGCUUCGUUGUUGCAAGCUCCUCAUUUGUAAACUCUGAAGUUUUCUCAAAUACAUAGGAAUAAUAAUGAUUUCUGUAGAUGACUUCUGUAUAACAAUACAAGUCACUAAGUACUUAUACAAUAUAUAAUAAAGUCAUUAACGGC